CUGCGUGCAAAAAAGGAGGAUAUUAUACGAAUGGUGCUUGGGGUUGGAGCAUCUCUCUGUACCACCGUAUCAAUCAGUCCCUCUUUUUGGAGGCCAUAAAUAGCACGAUCAUGGCCUUUCACUGAUGCACUCAUCACAGGCUAUAACCAGCCACCAAGUCCUUCACAUAUCAUCAUCAUCAUCAUCAUCAUCGCUAUUACUAUCUCAAAUUUUUCAAAUUGUUGAAAGAAACAAGAUGGUGAAGUUUUCUAAGCAGUAUGAAGGUCAGCUUGUGCCUGAGUGGAAAGCGGCCUUUGUUGAUUACUGGCAACUCAAGAAGGACCUGAAAAGAAUCCAUCUCCUUAUAAACAUUCAACCGACCUCAUUGCCCAACAGAGAACACGAACAUCAUCCUAGUACUCCUGUCACUGAGGCUGACACUUUCCUCUCAUCUCUAAAGAAGUUCAGUCCUUUUGGGCAUCAUCAACCUAGGACUGAUGGUGCCAUUCAAGUGCACAAGAAACUUGCAUCUUCAGACAGACAGGGUGAUUUGUAUGAGACUGAGUUGGUGGAGCAAUUCUCAGACCUUGAAGCAGCCAAGGAGUUCUUUGCAUGCUUGGACCACCAGCUCAACAAAGUGAACAAGUUCUUCAGGACCAAGGAGAGAGAGUUCUUGGAAAGAGGAGAGUCCCUGAAGAGGCAAAUAGAGAUCCUAGCCGAACUCAAAGCAUUUGUCAGUGAACAAAGUGGAAAAGAUCCGUCGUUGGCCCAUGAUGUCGGGGAGGAGGAUGCUUCCAUUUCCUGUGCCAUAUCUUGCGAGGAGGAGUCCAUAGUAAAAGGACAAGAUCAAGAACAAAUGCAAGAGAAAAAAGUCUUGGAAUUGGAUGAACUUGGGACAAGUGACGAGCUGCCGUUGACCGAGUCUGCAAAAUGGGACGAGGCGGGGAAGUCGGGAACAAUAAAGAGAGAGUACAGUAAUAAAUUGAGGUCGCUCUCGAGUCGGUCUUUCAGCUGCCAGGGGAAGAACUUGAAGGUGAACAUUCCUCUGACAACGCCAUCUCGGGCCUUCUUGGCAAUCAGUGACCUGGUUCGGGAGGAUCUGAUCAGCCCAGCCUCCAAGAAGUGCAACUCUGAAGGCAAUAAUAAGAUGCAAAUUAAUAGGACAAAGCUGCAGCAUGCAGAGAAGAUGAUCAAAAAAGCUCUCAUUGAACUCUACAAAGGGUUGGGUUAUCUGAAUACUUACAGGAAUUUGAACAUGCUUGCAUUUGUAAAAAUUUUGAAGAAGUUUGACAAAGUCACAGGAAAGCAAGUUCUUCCGAUUUAUCUGAGAGUGGUAGAGAGCUCCUAUUUCAAUAGCUCUGACAAGGUGAUGCAUUUGGGAGAUGAAGUCGAAGAGCUAUUUGUCAAGCAGUUUGCUGCAGCUGAUCAAAGAAAAGCCCUGAAGUACCUGAAGCCACUCCAGCGUACAGAGUCGCACGGCACUACCUUUUUAGUAGGGUUAUUCACCGGUUGCUUGAUUGCGCUCUUCACCGGAUAUGUCAUCAUGGCUCAUGUCACCGGCAUAUACAGAAGAAAGGGAGACAGAGUUUACAUGGAAACUGUGUACCCCAUUCUUAGGCAAGUACCGUUAAGUUUUAGCGUCCUUCUUCAUAAUAAUGGGCAAAAAGCAGCUAAAAGAAGUGAUCCCUAUAUGUGCAGCAUGUUCAGCCUGUUCUUUCUGCACUUCUUUCUCUACGGAUGCAACAUUUUCGCAUGGCGAAAGGCACGUAUAAAUUAUAGCUUCAUCUUUGAACUGACCACUCCCAAGGAGCUCAAGUACAGAGAUGUGUUCCUAAUUUGUGCCGCAUCAAUGGCUGUUGUGGUAGGUGUCAUGUUUGUCCAUCUGUCUGUUCUCACAAAAGGGUCUUCGGACAAACAAGUCCAGUCAAUUCCCGGGCUUCUGCUACUGAGUUUCGUUCUAUUACUUGUAUGUCCAUGCAAUAUCUUCUACCAAUCUAGUCGGUACCGUCUCCUUCGAGUGAUAAGGAAUAUCAUUUUCUCACCCCUCUACAAGGUGGUUAUGCUGGACUUCUUCAUGGCUGAUCAACUCUGCAGUCAGAUUCCGAUGCUCAGAAACUUAGAGUACUUAACCUGUUAUUACAUAACCGGAAGCUAUAAGACUCAAGACUACAAGUAUUGCAUGCAGACCAAGCACUACCGAGACCUCGCCUAUGCAGUGUCCUUUCUUCCCUACUACUGGAGGGCAAUGCAGUGCGCGAGGCGAUGGUUUGACGAAGGACACACAAGCCAUCUCGUGAAUCUAGGGAAGUACGUGUCGGCGAUGUUAGCAGCCGGAGCCAAAGUAGCCUAUGAGAAAGAACAGAGCUUCGGGUGGCUCUUCCUAGUUGUGGUCAUCUCGAGUGGUGCCACGAUUUACCAAUUGUACUGGGACUUUGUAAAAGAUUGGGGCUUGCUCCAGAUGAACUCGAAGAACCAAUGGCUGAGGAACGAAUUGAUGCUUCGCCGAAAGUUCGUUUACUACUUGUCCAUGGGUUUGAACCUCGUUCUCAGGCUCGCUUGGUUACAAACGGUCCUCCAUUAUAGUUUUGAAAAUGUCGAUUAUAGAGUGACGGGGCUAUUUUUAGCAGCCCUGGAAGUACUCAGAAGAGGCCUGUGGAAUUUCUUCAGGUUGGAGAAUGAGCAUCUAAAUAAUGCAGGAAAGUUCAGAGCAGUUAAGACAGUACCCCUUCCCUUUCACGAAGUGGAUGAAGAAGGGUGAUCGACCAAUUGGCCUAAGUUGCAAGCAGAAUACAAUUCAGGGAUUCGAAAUUUCAACUUCUUUCUGGAAAAGGGUAUCGGGUUUUCUCUACUUAGCAUCAGUUGAUGGAACAACUUGGCUAAAUCAAUUUUUGUUCAUUCAGUGUGCUCUAGGAACAUGCGUCAAACUUGUAACAUUUUUUUUUGUUCCUUUUUUCCAAGGAUGAAGUGGAUGAGAUAGAAAGCUGUCAAUGCAUGAAUACCUAGUUAAUGCA